AACCAAGACAUAAAGUUCUCUUCCUUCAACCGAUUUUCCAAUUGAUUUCAAAUCGGUUAUAUUGGGGUUUAACUCGUUUUUUUGAAGGAUAAAUUCACAAAUUGGAUUCGUGGAACACGAUGGUUCAAAGUAUUUGUAUUGCUUUCUUAUUUGUUUUAAUAAACUUUGCAAGCUGCAAAGUUUUCUUUUGCAAUGAAGAUCAAACGAAAAUUAUCGAGUUUGCAGCCGAUUCCCCUUUUUGCAAAGUUCACACUGAUAGAAAUUAUGUUAAUGAUAUUUUGAGUGAAGAUAAAGUGAUGUUUGUUGAUGAUAAUAUCUUGGAUAAAAUGGAAGCUCCGUGCAUUGAGAAGCAAGAAUAUGGAUUUAUAUUCCCUGGGACUUUAUGGUGUGGACAAGGUACAAAAGCUCGAUUUUUCAACGAAUUAGGCGAACACAGAGAAGAAGAUAAAUGUUGUAGGGAACACGAUAAUUGCGCAAAUUCGUUAAACGCCGGGGAAUGUAGAGGAGACGUUUGUAAUGAUUCAUCUUACACAAGAUCCCACUGCGAUUGUGAUUUAAGAUUCCAAGAGUGUUUAAAAAGCACUCAAACGAGUGCUGGGAAUGUAAUUGGAUCGAUUUUCUUCAACAUAGUUAAAGUUAGUUGUUUUACUGAGGAUAAUUGUGAUAAUAAAUUGGGUGAAUUAAUUAAUUUUGACGAACAAGGGAGGAAAACUUGCCCGAUCAAGUUUGAAUCGGCCCCUAAGUAUCGGGUGGAGCGGCUUAGGACGUUAAAUGGGAGGAAAUUAAAUUUUUUCGAACGAUUUUUACGUAAAAUAAGAUUGUUAUAA